CAACAACUACAACAAUGGAAAGGACAUUUAAAUGGCUUGACAUCGAUAUUUUAGUUGCCUAUCAUGAAUUUCUGUUACCUUUUUCAAAUGUCUCUUCUCAGACCUACGAUGAAGUCACCAUGACCUAUAUUGCAACACAAGGUCCAACGUCUUCAACUAUCGCUGAUUUCUGGCGAAUGGUCUGGCAGGAAAACAGUUCCACCAUUGUGAUGCUUACAAACCUGGUUGAGCUGGGAAAGGGCAAAUGCGAUCAGUAUUGGCCAGAUGAUGCUACCAAAUUUGGCGCCAUCACGGUUACCCUACACAAGACUGAAACCUUUGCCGAUUACGUCAUCAGGUCAUUGAUCGUGACAAAGGACGCAGAAAAAAGGAAUGUGCAGCAGUUUCAUUAUGUCACUUGGCCAGACAAAGGUGUCCCACACCAUUCCACAGCUCUACUUGGAUUUAGGCAAAAGAUUCAUGCCAGGCACUUGGCUACUGGUGGACCACUUCUUGUGCACUGCAGUGCUGGUGUUGGUCGAACUGGCACAUACAUUGCUAUCGACGCCAUGCUGGAGAGUGCUGAGAAGAUUAAAACUGUGUUCAUACAGAAUUACGUGCAAGUCAUGCGUAAAUCUCGUCCUCAUAUGAUACAGAAAGAU